UUGCGUUGGGAAAAACUUGGAUAAUUUCAGUAGAGGAAAAUGGAAAAAGGGACAAUUCAUUUAUAGGAGCAGAAGAAGUUCAUCCUCAGUGUUUGACAGGGAUUUGUUUGCACAUCUUUACUGUGGAACUAGGAAAAAUAACGAUAUUCAUCAGGAUUCGAAAUAUGGGCCAUGUGUGAUUGAAGAGGRCCACCACCACGCUGCUGAGGGAACCUGUAUGCCCAGAGAAACAGCAACCAGUAUGGACAUCGUGGAAGACUUCCCUCCCCCGCCUCCUGAAAUGUUGGCGGACGAGGUGCCCUAUGCCGAUGAAGAAGAGGGGGAGCAGUUUGAGUUCGACGACAGUGGGGAUGAGUUCCCUGAGGCAGACCGGUCACCCCAUGCCCCUCCAGCCCCAGACUACGGGGGCAAGGCCCAGAUCAAUGGUGUGGCCCCUCACCCACAGCAGGAAGGACCAGACCCCCGGCCCUCCAACACGGAGCCCACAGCAGCAGCAGCGGACACAGACACAGUGGCAGCUGAACCACCAGUUCCAGUAGCCAUGGCUACAACAGACACAGUGGUAUCAGCACCGGAAGCUCCGGUAGCCAAUGCUACAACAGAAACAACAGCUCCAGUGGCAGCAGCAGAAGGGGACAAUACUUCAUCUGUCCCAGCUGAUGCAGACAGUGACUUACCCCCUCCUCCACCUCCAGAGGACUCCACUCCUGUAGGAACAGACUCUGUUAACACAAAUAAGGAAGUGUCCAGUGAUGACCCUCCCCUGGCCGUCCCCAGGACCACCUCCCAGAAGAAAGUCAACCCCUACUCUGUGAUUGAAAUCACCCCCCUCCAACUACAGCAACACGGAGCAGCAGCAUGGGCCCGCUACUCUGUGCCCGUGCCCUGUGGGUACGCCACCCCCUCUGGUGUGCCCCUCAUUACGCCAGCCUACACCACGCCCGUCAUCAUCCGACACUUCUCCGUGGACGAGGACGUGUUUUACAUGCAGAGCUACUGA